CUUGCCCAUUCGAAGCCGAAAUUCAGAGACCCGAAAAUGGGAUUCGGAGCCCUAAGAUACAUCACUCGACCCCUCUCCAGAACCCUGAUAUCGCGAACCUCCACUUCAACUGCAACGUUGCUCGCCGCCGUAGCCGCCGGUUCGCCAUCGCCGAAAUCGGAGCUCCGAUCAAUUAUUGGCGCCUCAUUUGGCCACCAAGCUCCAUGGUUUCCGAUUUCGAGCCAUUUCCACAGCUUGACCGAUACUCGGUUCCCCAAACGACGGCCCAGCGAUAAGCCCGGCCGAAAGAGGGGCAGCUUAAGACCUCCAGGACCGUAUAAAUUGGUUCCAUAUGUUCCUGGUGAGCCGAUAGCUGCGAAACCUAAUGAAGGAAGUGUGAAAAGACGGAACGCGAAGAAGCGUAUUAGGCAGCGCCUUGCAUUCAUUUUGGCAGAAAAAAAGAAAAGGAAAGCUCAGAUGCAAGAGGCUAAAAGGAAGAAGAACAUCAAGAGGAUAGAGCGAAAAAUGGCUGCAGUGGCCAGGGGAAGAGAGUGGGCUCAAAGACUGGCAGAGUUGCACCGGCUCGAGGAAGGGAAGAAAUCUAUGGCUUGAUGUUCUUCUUGAUGAACCUCGUUAGGCAGGUUGUUGGUCAUGUUAGCUUUUGUUAUACUACUGGUAGCUAUUACCCCAUCACAGUGGACGUAUUGAGAUCUUUUGUUCCUGGAUAAGUGCUUUGAAUUAGAACAAUUUAUUUGAGAUGAUUUUAGUGCAUCUACUUGCAGGCUCCUGAUUGCAAGGGGAGAAUAUUGUUUUUCAACCCAAUGACCAUUUCAUAUUCACAUUUUUAUAAUGUCUUUAUUUUCUUGCUCUUUUGCUUGAAGUGCUCAGUUUUCGACUUACUCUUAGUUAGGGAGCUCAUCUUUUUUCUUGUAUUCAACAGCAACAGCUCAUACCAUGUAAAUGCACGUUG